AUGGUCGGGGCCUUUCUCCUGUCCUCUCUGGCUCUCCUUGCUGCAGGCUGCUUGGCUCUACCAUCGCAAGGGGCGUCAGCAUGCCGCGAGGUCAACAUCCCCAUCACCGUGAAUGAACCGCGAUUCAUCAUCAACACCACGAUCAAAAAUGAUUGGGAUGCAGCAUCAUUGGUGUUUAAUUUGACCCGACAUGACUCUGGCUCAUCCAACGAUCCCAUUCCAAUUUCUGGCACCACGAGUCCUGUGAAGAGCAACUACACCAUCGGCGGCACCCUCUGCGGCACGGGAGAAACCAUUCUGGUUCUCACACAUGGUAUCAUUGAGUCCAAAGCCUACUGGAAUCCUACAUUCGCUGGCUCCGAUCCAUACAACUUUGUCCAAGCCGCGGUGGCAGCCGGGUAUUCGGUGCUGAACUACGAUCGCAUUGGGGUUGGGUCAUCAUCCAAGGUUGAUGGCCUGUUCGAUGCUCAAUUCCAGGUCGAGACGGCAGUGCUGAAUGGCCUGGUGGACUAUGCUCGCCGACUCCCCCACGUUAGCAAGGUCGGGCUAGUCGGCCACAGCUACGGAAGCUAUCUGGCGGCCGCAUCGGCUGCCUCAAUCACAGUCGACGCCCUCGUGCUGACCGGCUUCAGCACCGCAUUUGACUAUUUUGGUUUCUUCUUGGCAGGGUCGCAUCUGCGCCAGGCGCGAACCUUGUCGCCCACUCGCUGGGGCAGGCUGGAUUCGGCCUACCUGACUGCAGGCGACCAAUACGCGGUGGCCUACUAUGGCUUCGCUGCUCCGCAUUUCGACUCCCAGGUGGCGCAGUGGGCAGCUACUGUCGAGGGCGAGCCCUUCGCGGUGGGUGAGCUUCCCUCCCUCCUGGCCUCCCCCGUUCAAUACUCCCGCAUCACUGCCCCUGUCUACCUCGUGCAGGGCCAGUUCGAUCUGUCGUCCUGUGGUGGCAAUUGUAAGGGACAAUUGGAGAACAGCCCGGCCACAUUCAACAGUUCGCAGGUAGUAAGCUGGGUGGAUGAUCUUCCUGCAGGCCACAACCUCAACUUUCACACGGUCGCACCUCAAGCCUUCCAGUUGAUUUUUGAAUUUCUCCACGCGCAGGGAUUGUGA